AUGGGCACUGGCCCCGUCCCCAGGCUGCACCGGUGUCACCGCAGGGACCGGGGUUGCCAGGGCGCUGGCGGCUGCGUCACGGUGCCUGGGGACAAGCUCGGUGUCACUGCUGGGCUGCAGCACUGCAGCCCUGAGCCCCACCACAACUGGACGCUGGACCCCUCCGGUGACUGGUACUACCGGUGGAUCACGAUCAUGGUGCUGCCCAUCCUCUACAACUGCAUGGUCCCCGUUUGCAGGUUGUGCUUCCCAGAGGUGCAGGACCAGCUCCCACGGCUGUGGCUGGGGCUGGACACCCUCAGUGAUGUGUUGUACCUGGGGGACAUCGGCGUGAGGCUGCACACGGCCUUCCCUGAGGACGGGCUCCUGGUGCGGGACCGGCUCCGCAUCCGCCGCCGGUACCUUGGGUCCGGCUCGUUCUGGUGGGACCUGGCGUCAUCGGCACCGCUGGAGCUGCUGUGGGGGCGCCCUGCGGCUCGUGCCACGCGGUGGCUGCGGGCGCGGCGCCUGUGCGAGGCCUGGCAGCGCCGCGAGACCCGGGCGGCUCGUCCCGGUGCCCUGCGCGUGGCCGCGCUGCUGCUGGGCGCCGGGACUGCGCUCCACGGCCUCGCCUGCGCCUAUUUCGCACUCUCAGCGCACCUCGGGCUCGGAUCCGAUGCCUGGCUCUGCCCCAGCAGCCCCGGCGCCUGGCGCCAGUACCUGCACAGCUUCUACACGGCCACGCUCCUGCUCGCCACCGUGGGGGACACGCCGACGCCUCGCCGCGUGCCCGAGCUGCUCUUCGCCACCUUCAGCUUCCUCCUGGGCGUCCUGGCCUUCGCCACCAUCACCGGCAGCAUCGGCGCCGUGGUGGGCGCCACGCGCGGAGCCUGGCAGCGCAGCACCGCUGCCGCGAGGCAGCUACUGGGGCCUGGGGAGCUGCGGCGGCGCCUGCAGCGGUGGCGGCCAGAGCCGGCACUGGCGCUGGAGGAGAGCACGCUGCGGGCACUGCCGCGGGCGCUGCACGAGGAGCUGGCGGCCGCCGCGCACCUGCGGGCUCUGAGCCGCGUUGGCGUGUUCCGCGGCUGCGAGCGCGGCGUCCUGCGGCGCCUGGUGCUGCGCCUGCGGGCCCAGGCCUACGGCCCCGGGGAGCCCGUGUGCCGCCGCGGCCACGUGGGCCGGCACAUGUUCUUCAUCCGCAGCGGGCUCGUGGCCGUGCUGGGCGACGACGGUGCCACCCCCGUGGCUGUGCUGGGCCAGGGCAGGUACUUCGGGGAGCUCAGCCUCAUCCACAUCCCCGGGAACCGCUGCGGGAACCGGCGCACCGCUGACAUCGUGAGCGUGGGGCACUCGGAGCUCUUCCUGCUCUCCAAGCAGGACCUGCUCCAGGUCCUGGCCGAGUUCCCCGGAGCGCGGGCGGCGCUGGAGGCUGAGGGCCGGCGGCUGCUGCAGCUCUCGGGGCUCCUGGACCCCGGCGCUGAGGCGGCGGCAGCAGCGGCCGCUCUGCGGGCACGGGGGCUGGAGGAGGCCCUGGCGGGGCUGCGGGUGCGGGUGGCAGCGCUGGUGGCGCAGCUGGAGGCCACCGAGGGCCGCCUGAGGCUGCGGGUGCAGCGCCUCGAGCAGCAGCUGCGGCAGCGCCGGGACGCAGCAGCCAGGGGGGGACAGCGGGGACAGGCCAAGGGGCAGGGUCCUGGUGCAGCGCCCAGGGCACAGGGUCCUGCUGGGGCUCAGGGUCCCCCCAGGGUACCAGGUCCCUCCAAGUCACAGGGUCCCACCGGGGCACAGGGUCCCACCGGGGCACAGGGUCCCAGUAGGGCGGCCAGGGCACAGGGUCCCACCGGGGCACAGGGUCCCACUGGGGCACAGGUUCCCAGUAGGGCAGCCAGGGCACAGGGUCCCACUGGGGCACAGGGUCCUGCUGGGGCUCAGGGUCCUGCUGAGGCUCAGGGUCCCCCCAGGGUACCAGGUCCAUCCAAGUCACAGGGUCCCACCGGGGCACAGGGUCCCACCGGGGCACAGGGUCCCAGUAGGGCAGCCAGGGCACAGGGUCCCACCGGGGCACAGGGUCCCAGUAGGGCGGCCAGGGCACAGGGUCCCACUGGGGCACAGGGUCCUGCUGGUGCUCAGGGUCACCCUGGCACACGGGGACAGCCCAAGGUGCAAGGUCCCAGUGGGGCAGGCAGGGCACUGCGUCACCCCAGGGCACAAGAUCCCCCCAGGUCACAGGGUCCCCCCAGGGUCCAGGGUCCCAGUGGGGUGCAGGGUCCCCCCAGGUCAUAGCAUCCC